GGGAGGUUAGACAGUUUGACAGCUAACAGCGGCUCAUGUUUCUUCCCGUGUCAAACCGCCGCCCUUUUUUAAAAUUCCAUCAACUUCCGCGGCAAGCAUUGCGAAGCUGUUGGCUGCCUAGUAGAGCUAGGAUUACACUGCAGCGGUGUUAAAAGACUGCAUCCCCGUUCCUUUUUUUCUCUUUUGUUUAGUCUGCCCCUCUUCCUCAGAAACCUAGGUAGUUCAAGUCGGGGUUGACAUAUCUUGACAAGAUGUCGUCAAUAAACAUUACCGUGUCCCACAAGGGCAAGAAGUACGAUGUCGAGGUCGAUACCGAAUCCACCGGCGAGGUGUUCAAAUACCAGCUAUUCAGCUUGACUGGCGUCGAACCCGAGCGACAGAGGAUCCUCGUCAAGGGCGGCCAGCUCAAGGAUGACAUAGUUAUGAGCUCCGUAGGUCUCAAGCCGGGACAAACGGUCAUGAUGAUGGGUACUCCCGGUGGUAGCGAGGUCCAACGCCCAGCGGGCAAGAUCAAGUUUGUUGAGGACAUGACCGAGGCCGAAGCUGCUCAACAGGAGGGCGCCACGCCGGCAGGUCUCGAGAACCUGGGCAACACUUGCUAUCUCAACUCGACGCUACAGACCCUACGCACCAUUCCAGAGCUCCAGACCGCAUUGUCAACUUACAUGUUCAAGGAGGACCACAGCAAUCGGGUCCCCAACCUGGACCUUACCAAUCAGCUCAGGAACUUGUACGAGGCGAUGGGAAAGACGCAAUCCGGCUAUGCCCCGCACGCCUUUCUGAGUGCCCUGCGUACAGCAUUUCCCCAAUUCGCCGAGCGGUCGAGACAGGGCCAAGGUUUCGCACAGCAGGACGCCGAGGAGGCCUGGUCGCAGAUCCUCGCACAGCUGAGGCAGAAGCUUACGCGGGAGGGCUCGCAAGACCAAAAAACCAUUUCCUUUAUUGAUGAGUACAUGGCCGGCGAGUUUGAGAGCGUGCUGGAGUGCGACGAUCCUGCUGCCCGUGAGAUGGGAGAGCAGUCCGUCACCACACGAGAGCCGUUUCUCAAGCUGAACUGCCACAUCGACAAGGAUAUCAACCACCUUCGCGACGGUAUCCUUGCCUCGCUUACCGAGACGAUUGAGAAGAAGUCGGACACAUUGGACAGGGAAGCUACUUACACCAAGCGGUCUAAGAUCUCGCGUCUGCCCAAGUACCUGACCGUUCACUUUGUGCGUUUCUUCUGGAAGCGUGACGUGCAGAAGAAGGCCAAGAUCAUGCGCAAGGUCACAUUUUCGCACGAGCUUGAUAUUGUCGAGUUCUGCACAGAUGACCUGAAGAAGCUGCUCAUCCCGGUCCGCGACAAGGUGCGCGAGGUCCGCAAGGACGAAGAGGACAUCGAGCGUUCGCGCAAGCGACGCAAGAAGAACCCACUCCUGGACGGCGACGUUCCGGGAUCCUCGGGAUCCAAGGAGGCGGAGAAGAAGAAGGACGACAAGAAGCCGGGAGCGGACGGAGAUGUCGAUAUGGCAAUGGAUGGUGAGACGUUCAAGACGGACGCCGAGAUCGACGAAGAGAAGCAGGCGCAGCUCUUGCAGGCCAAGAAGGAGCUGCACGCUCUUGUGAACCAGGAAUUGGCGGCAGACAAGGGCGCUAACCACUCGGGACUGUACGAGCUCCGCGGCGUUGUGACGCACCAAGGCGCGAGUGCCGACAGCGGUCAUUACACGGCGUACGUCAAGAAGACGGCUCCUGUGGAUCCUCAGACGGGCAAGCCCAAGGGUGAAGAGGAUGGCAAGUGGUGGUGGUUCAACGACGACAAGGUGUCAGAGGUGACAUCGGACAAGAUUGAUGCGCUGGCCGGUGGCGGCGAGUCUCACUCGGCGCUUAUUCUGUUAUACCGGGCCAUCCCGCUGCCGUCUGCCGAUGGAAUCGAUCAGGCAUAGUCAACUUUUAACACGGAUCCCCAACAUGGGGGAAGGUAGCCUGAAGUGGUUCACUGCCCCGCUGAGAAUUUGAUACAGAAACAAGAACAAGAAAAGAAAAAAAAUAAUCCAGUAACACGGGACGUGGGAUUUUGGCUGCGUUCCUUAGUUUUGUAUUCGGUACAAUUGGUAAAAGGCAGAUAGAUUUCGGCUUAUGAAAGAUAAAAACACCUAAGUUUGUUUGCAUACUUUUAUGUGCUUCGGGUAUCCUACAAGCUAACUUUACAUCCCUUGCCUAAGAAAAUGGCCACCACCUCGAGCCACUUUUUGUUGACUGAGUAUCACC